GAAUGACCAUCGAUUUAUAAUUUGGUAAAUUCCAGUUCUACCACAAAAUAUAAAUAACACGUCUCACUUUCACGUCUGUAGGUAAUGUUAAAUUAAUGGUGGUUGUAGACUACUUAGGGCAGACUUAGUAGGAGAAUUUCAGGUUACAUUUGCAUUUUUGCGAGAGGCUUGGGGCUAAUUUCGUCUGACUGACGAUGACGGCGGCCUCUAAUCUUGUGCUUCUUUUUUCUACGUUUCUCCUCAUUUUGUCCGCCGUUAAGGCGGAUGAAUCCGCCGAUGGUCAACCUAUUGGAUCGGACGCCGCCGCGGUCGGUGAUUCUGAUAAUUUCAAGAUUCAACUUCAACAACUUAACUCCAAGAUCCACGCUCUUGAGUCCCAAAUUGAUGAGAAAACCAGAGAACUGAAGAGCAAAGAUGAGUUAAUUGCGCAGAAGGAGAGUAUCAUUCGGGAUAAUUCCGUUAGUAUCACAUCCAUGAAGAGUGAAAUUUCUUCUCUUCAGGGUAAUAUAGAUGCAGCAGAGAAGGCGGGAAAGGCUCAUGCCCGGGCAGGAGAGCUGGAGAAGCAGGUUGACAAAAUCAAAAAAGAAUUAGAAGUUCAAAACAGCGAGAAAGAGGCCCUGGUAUUGCGGGCCACUGAAGCAGAAAAGAAGAUUGAUGAACUGAACUUGAAGUUAGAAAAUCUUCAAAAGAUUAAUGAGGAACAGAAGAGCAAACUUCGCAAGACAGAGCGCGCUCUUAAAGUUGCUGAGGAAGAAAUGAUAAAGGCAAAAUAUGAUGCUACAUCAAAAUCUAAAGAGUUAAAGGAGGUUCAUGGUGCAUGGUUUCCACCUUGGCUAGCUGUACAAUUAGUUCGUUUUCAGACACAUUGGGAUGAGCAUGGAAAGCCAGCCAUGGAAUUGGUGAUGCAAAAGGCCCUGGAGAAAAAAGCCCAUGCUGAAAACUGGGCAAAACCUCAUUUGGAAACAGUUAAAAUUAAAUGGAUCCCAGCUGUGAAAGAGCAAUGGGUGGUGAUAACAACUCAUGUUGAACCACAUGUGCAAUCACUGACUGCGAAAGCAAUUGAAGCUUAUGAAGCCUCAAAGACUGCAGUAACUCCACAUGUCAUUAAAGCACAAGAAGCUGUUGUUCCUUACUUUCAGGAAGCUAAGAAGUUUAGUAAGCCAUAUAUCGAUCAGGUUGCAACUGUUACAAAACCCCAUGUGGCUAAGGUCAGGGUGGCUUUGAAACCCUACACAAAGCAAGCAGUUCAUGCUUAUGGGAGGUUUUUGGAGUCUGCAACCACAUACCACAAUCAGGUGCAAGGCAUUGUACAAGAAAACCUGAAUAAGCAUGAGCUUACAAGACCUCUUGCAACGAAGGAGUUGAUCUGGUUCGCUGCCUCUGCUCUGUUGGCUUUACCUAUAAUCCUUUUGUCUAGAAUUUGUUCCGCAACUUUCUGCACGAAGACAAAGAAGCCUACUCGACAUGCUCAUACCAACCACACUCGUCGUAAGGCCAAAAGGGGACAUUCUGAGAAGUAGAGUACCACGAGAUUAUGUGUAAUGUCCUUUUGUACGGACUCCUUGCUCAUUUCAAAGUUGAAUUCUCUUGAAGAAUUUUCAUAUUUUUUGGAGCUCCGGCAUGUUUUGUUCAAAAUGUUUUCAAGGAACCCUUCAUCACACCACAGAAUGAGACUAUGUUGGAUAUUUCAGAUGUAGUAUUGUUAAAGUCUGUGAAUGCUGUUAGAUUGUAGUUUAAUUGUUUAUUAUUGAUAGUUCAGAAUUGAAAUAAUUAUAAAUUGCCUUAAAAACGUAUUUUUAUCCGGCAUCAAAUUUCUUUUACAAACUUA